CUCUCCUAUUUCCAAAGGCAAAGGAAUUAGAAAGCUUGGAACAUCAUAGACGAGACAAACUCGUUCAAGAUCCGCAUUUUGAUUUCCGACACACACAUGGAAACACCUCAUAUUUUGCAGCUACCUUUGAACACUGUCUUUCUCUUUCAAUUACUUCCCCUGAUCUGGUGCCAACUGCUACUUGUUCGGCUAGGGUUGAAUCCAACAAACUACACUGUAAGAAUCUCAUAGCCAUUGCUGGCCACUGCCUGAGCUCCCGCAAGCUCAAAUCUCACAGAAGCAAAAUUGGUUUGUAGUGUAUGGCUUUUUUCCAAGAGAAGAGGAGAUUGAUUCGAGAAGCAUUUUUAAGAUUGAAGCCUUCUCUGAUGUGCCAUUGACUAGAGCUUAUUUCUGAUUCAUAUGGUGCUAAUAUUGUGAUCUCUUAUACAUGCAACUAGCAAAAUUAGAGUGAUUUGUGAAGGCUUAGAGAAUUAAAUAGAUGCGAUGGAUACCAGUAAUGGUUCUACGUUAAGUGAACAUCGCAAACCUCAUGAAUCAGUUUCAAAAAGUGCAGAUUCAUUAUCUGUUCCUCCAUUGCAAACUUCUCCAAAGUCACCGAAAUCCUGUGGCUCUCCAAGGUCCCCUAGGUUCCAAGUCAAGGGCGGCAAGCGAAGUCCAAAUCAUGAUAAGCACCCAUAUUCUUCAAGAGACGGAUGUCCCAAGAAAGAAUGUGCAGAUCCAUUCUCUGUUACUUCAUUGAAAAUUUCUCCAAAGACACCGGCAUCCCCCACUUCUCCAAAGUCUCCGAGGUCCCCAAGGUUACCUGGCCAUAGUCCAAAGAAUGAAAGGCAAUCACGUUCGCCACGAGAUGGACGACCAAAGAAAGGAGGUUGUGGAGGGAAAGGCACGUGGGGAGGAUUGCUUGAUACUGAAGACAUGAACUUUCUUGACCCUCAUGAUCCAAACUAUGACAGCACUGAGGAAAAUGAACCUUCGAAUGAAAAGAAAAAGAAAGGGGAGUUAGAUGAGUACAAGAAGAAAGCUACAAUAAUAGUGGAGGAAUAUUUCACCACCGAUGAUAUUGUUGCUGUAAAAAACGAACUGAGAGAACUUGGAACGCCAUACUUCAGCUACUAUUUUGUCAAGAAGCUUGUUUCAAUGUCAAUGGACAGACAUGACAAAGAAAAAGAAAUGGCUGCUGUUCUGCUAUCUGCACUUUAUGCUGACACAAUUGAUCCUUCUCAAGUUUACAAGGGCUUCAGUAAGCUAGUUGCAUCUGCAGAUGACCUGAUUGUAGACAUACCAGACGCAGUGGAUGUUCUAGCGCUUUUCUUGGCUCGAGCUGUGGUUGAUGACAUACUUCCUCCUGCAUUUUUAAAGAAACAGAUGGCUUACUUACAGAAGGAUUCAAAAGGGAUUGAAGUCUUGAAAAAGGCUGAGAAGAACUAUCUUGCAGCCCCUCUGCAUGCAGAAAUCAUAGAGCGCCGGUGGGGAGGCAGUAAGAAUAUGACAGUUGAUGAUGUGAAGGCUAGAAUAAACAAUUUGUUGAUAGAAUAUGUAACAAGUGGUGACAAGAAAGAAGCUUUUAGAUGCAUUAAGGAUUUGAAAGUUCCAUUUUAUCAUCAUGAGAUAGUGAAACGCGCUCUUAUAAUGGCAAUGGAGAGGCGCCAAGCAGAAGGUCCCUUACUAGAUCUCUUGAAAGAAGCAGCUGAAGAAGGUUUUAUCAACUCAAGUCAAACCUCAAAGGGCUUUGAUCGGUUGAUUGACACUGUCGAUGACUUAUCACUUGACAUACCAAAUGCACGUGAAAUACUCCAAAAACUAAUGUCCAAGGCAGCAUCCGAGGGUUGGCUAUGUGUUUCAUCUUUGAAAUCGCUCUCACCGGAGACAGAGAAAAAGUCACUAGAAGAAAAUGCAGCCAGAAGUUUCAAGCUAAAGGCUCAGUCCAUAAUUCAAGAGUACUUCUUGUCGGGUGAUAUAUUUGAAGUAAUUAGUUGUCUUGAGCAAGAGAGCAACACUAGCUCUGCACAUCUCAAAGCAAUCUUUGUCAAGAGACUUAUAACAUUAGCUAUGGAUCGAAAGAAGCGGGAGAAGGAAAUGGCCUCGGUUCUGCUUUCAUCUCUGUGUUUUCCAGCUGAUGAUGUUGUUAAUGGUUUUGUCAUGUUGAUAGAAUCAGCAGACGACACUGCUCUGGAUAAUCCAGUAGUGGUGGAGGAUCUUGCCAUGUUCCUGGCCAGAUCAGUAGUGGAUGAAGUCCUGGCCCCACAGCAUCUAGAAGAGGUUGGAACACAGUGUCUGGGGCAAGAUUCAAUAGGAAGUAAAGUGCUUCAAAUGGCCAAGUCAUUGCUAAAGGCCAGGCUUUCUGGGGAGAGAAUAUUAAGGUGUUGGGGUGGAGGGGGAAGCAGCAGAUCUGGGUGGGAAAUUGAGGAUGUCAAGGACAAGAUUAUAAACCUUUUGGAGGAGUAUGAGUCUGGAGGUGACAUAAGGGAGGCAUGUCGAUGCAUGAAAGAACUAGGAAUGCCAUUUUUUCACCACGAGGUCGUCAAGAAAGCCCUGGUGAAAAUCAUUGAGAAGAAGAAUGACAGGUUGUGGGGUCUGCUCAAGGAAUGCUUUGAAUCAGGACUGAUAACUACCAACCAGAUGAUGAAGGGGUUUGGAAGGAUUGCAGAAUCUCUUGAUGACUUGGCUUUGGAUGUCCCUGAUGCUAAGAAACAGUUUAUACACUACGUGGAACGAGCAAAGAGCUCAGAAUGGUUGGAUGCUUCAUUUAGUCUCAGCAAAUUUGAACAUUCAACGGAGAAUGGAACCUGCUAACUCUGAUGGGGUAAUCAACAAUAUAAUUUGUACUUCGUUUCUUUUUCCUGAAUUUACUCCUUUUGAUCACAUAUUACCAUGCUCCUUGACCAAAUCCUGAAAUUCCUUUAAAAAAAAAUUUUUUGGCGCUUUA